UUAGGUGGGAGCUUCAAUUGCGCAUUCAGUAGCUGCCUUAGGGCUCUUGGGGGAUUCAACAUGACUUUGAACCACUUGCUGAUAAAAAUAAAGGACCGUUUAAUUUUAUAACCCGCUCGUAAAUAAUGAGAAGUGCACUUCAAAGUUUGAGGAGUACAUGGAGCCGGUUGAGGGAAUGGAGUGGCAAGUGGCUGUACCGGCGGAAGUCAUUGCAGGCCGAAGCUAUUUAUAAUAAUCAAUCCUACUAUUACUGAACAUGCACAAGAAUGACACCAAACCAUGAAACCAAUACACACACACAUAUAUAUAUGAUCAGGAAGCUUAGCUCCAAUAUUCAAGCGUUCCCAACUCUAACAUUGCUUGGUGCAAAUGGGGAAGGCGAGCGAGUGGAUCAGAAACUUGCUGGUAGGAAAGAAGCAAGAGAAAUACAAGCAGAUCGGACAGAAGGGCGACGGUGAGACGGAGAGCCACAGCCCCAGAGUGAAGCGCCGAUGGAGCUUCGGAAGAAAAUCGGUCAAGGUAACAGAGCAUAGAUUGUCCGCCUCUUUCGAUUUAACUGACUCCGCUAAGCUCCGAAUACGGGAGAUCCUCCAAGCUCAACCUCGCAGAUCUUCUGACAUCCAAAACGCCGCCGCUACUAAGAUUCAAGCUGCUUUUCGCGCAUAUUUGGGAAGAAGAGCAUUGCAUGCUCUGAGGGGACUAGUCAAGUUGCAGGCAUUAGUGAGAGGGCACCUUGUAAGGAAGCAGACAACCAACGCACUGCGCGGCAUGCAUGCCUUGAUGACCAUUCAAGUCAGAGCCCGAAUCCUCCGAAUCCUGAUGGCUCAACAAUCAAGCCUUCUAGAGAAGCAGCCUUCACAGCUUAGAGUAAUGCCUCUCCCCACAAGUUACGUGCAAGAUUAUGAAGAAUCAAAGCAUACGAAUCUGAGAGAAACGUUAGGAGUUUUAAAAACCAGAAGUGCCCGUCUAGACGGUCCACCUCGUAAGAGCACAGAGCAUGAUUCCGGGACGUUGAUUUCAAAGCAUCUUUCGGAUCUUUCGGUUUGGAAGCGACUCCAUCAAUACUCAGCACCAAACAGCCCUGCGGACUGCAUGACCAUGUCUGGAUUAACUCCAACGGAGGGCUUGUCCACUUCUCUGCGUCAUCACCAAUCGUAUUCACGCGAACCGAAUUACAUGACAAGAACAGUGUCAUCAAGGGCCAAAGCUCGGUCUGAGAGUGAGCCAAAACAAUGACUCGGGCGUGGGAUCAGGCACAUGAUCAAGCCUAUAGAACCAUUGGAUGGUCGAACGCUGCGUUCAUUCUCAAACUCCAGACGUUUCAACCUUGGAUAAUUUGAGCGUUCAUUCUCAUUGAAGGUUGCCGGGUCCAUAACAGGGCGAGAAAUUGAAUUCGAAGGGUUAGUGCUUUCUUGGAAGAAUGGCUGGCUGGUACGCUUCUGUCGUAAUUUCAAAUGUUAGUUGUAGUUGUAGCGUAGCGCUUUCGAGUCAUGACCGAGUCCGGGUCCGUAUCACCGACCAAUUACAUACUUGUCGGAGCAGAACUGUAGUAGUGAAGCAAUAUCAUGAAUUAUCUGCACGCAGGAUGGAAUGGGUAACCCAUCCAAGCAUCGAAAAAGCAGCACAAUGCCAUGAUGCUUCGCGAACCAAAAUUUUAAAUUGGAGUAACUUAUGAACAAACUUUCUUCUUGUAAUUGGAGUUUUUCUCUUUCAUUUUGUAGAUUUACCCUUCCAUUCACUAUAAAUCACUGCGUAUAAGACUCGUCACGCUGCAUGUGAUUUUCUCAUCUAGUUGAAGGAAAAAAAACCGCAGCGGCAGG